UCGAUGCGCCGAGUACACGUGAGUCGUUCAUGAAGAAUGAGGAUACUAAAAUAACGGCGAUGCUGCAGUCCCAUAUAGUUGCUGAUUACGUCUUCAACCACAAGAGGGACAAAAAAAAGCGCAAUACGAAGAAUGCGGCGAAGAAAAGAAAAAAAACAACGAGAAGAUUCAAAUGUUGAAACGUGACAUCAAAGAAAUGUACCAAAUCAAAAAACAAGAAUCCACGUGUGUAGACGCAUUACCAGAUGCAAAACCUCAUGAAAAAAUCAUAGUUUUAAAGAGAAAAAAAUAUCAUGAAGCAAUAGAUAUUUUGGAUAUGAAAUUGAUAGACACGAAGAAAAAAACAGAUCUAAUUAGACAUGAUAUCAAACAGAAAAGAAUCAAGUUGAACGACUUGUUCGGGAGAUGGAGUGACAUGCGGUCAAAGGUUGUUUCUAGUGUAGACAAAGAUUCAAAUACGACUAAAACGCUGUCGGCACUUGAAAAUCGAUCACAUCAAAUCGAGAUGAGCCGAAUGGAAGCGUCACACGUGACACGCAAAUAUAGAUCCAUAAGAAAUCGACUUUUGGAAGACUCUGUGGUGUUCGAUUCAACGUUGAACAAAUUAGAAAAAACAAUAAAGACACAACAACGUGAAAUUCAACGACUAGAAAAAAUCAACGAAGAAGCCAUUAAAUCAAGGGACAAGACCAGGUUAGUGUUGCAGAAAAAAGAAACUAACGCAGCUAAUAUUGCGAAAUUUCGUAUGAAACAAGUAGAACAAAUCAGAGCGCAAGUAGAAGAAAGAAAAACUGAGCUAGAAAAAUUGGAACGAAAAAUAUUUCCACCGGGACAGAGAGCUACACACCAGGAUUCAAUUCCUAGUUCUUCGGAAGAACAGCGGUUUGGAGAUAAUGGAUCAUCGGAUAGUCAAGAAAUUACCGACAUGCCAUAUUUCAAACUGAAACAAGUCACUGGUUCAAUUGACAGCGAAGACGUACGAAGAAAGUUUGUAUCUCAAAAAGAAACUAAAGAUAGAUUAACAACUUUAAAAACUAAUACCGAGAAUCAAAAAAAGGACCUCCAGACCAAAUGCCAACAGCUUAAUGAGGAAUUUGAACAAUGUCGAUUUUCCGAUGCUCAAGACAAGGAACAGAAUGAUGAAGAAACCGAAAAUCUUAAGUUUAAAAUUAUCGAAGAGACAGACAGACUCGAACGUUUACAAAAAGACAGGUCCGAACUGUCAAAUCAAAUUGACUCGACGCUUUUUAGACUAUACGACAUGUGCCUGGCAUUAAAAGAAGCAGACAGCGCACCAGUGCCAGACAAAUGUCCAAGUAUUGAUAAAGCUGACUGGUUAAUAUGCCUGUUACAAACCAAAUAUGAGAAUGUAAUAAGAAGUUAUGGAACUACAGAUAAGGAUCAACGUAAUGUGAAUGGGAGGAUUAAAAACAACGACGUAGCAGUACUGUGGUCAUUGGACGACAAUGUCGUGGAAUCGGCGAACAAGGAUGAAGAAGAAAAACCUGUUCCCAAUAGAUAUCUAAUUAAGAAACAAGCGCAAAUCAUGGUUGAUUCUAAGAGUAAAAAAAAGGGGGUUAAGACGCCAAAAGGGGCAACGCAGAAGAAUUGAAAACAUAAAUUUGAAUAAUGUAUUUAAGGGAAUUAUGAAAACCAUCAUGAUAAAGAAUUUAUGCGUAUUUUCAGCUUAUUACCUGUAUUGUGUUACAGCAUUUAUUAAUCACCAGUAUUAUCUACAAAUUAUUGAAAUAAA